GUUAAAUUUCAUGUCGCCGAAAGUCGGAGUCUUGGACUGCAAAGCAUCUUUAAGAUCUGAAAGUAUCGCAUCCGGUGAAGCCGUAACCGUCCUCACAAGCGCAAAAAGCCGAAAGCGCGCACACGAAUGUUGAAUCUCAACGCUAUGGUUGGCCGAAGUAUUCGCGUGAAGACAGGUCAAUUCGCUGCCACCAAGCGGAGAUAAUUUUUAGUAAGCAAAAAGAUGUAUCCGUCAAGUCCGCAACCAGGUCAAAUAUAGCGGUGAACUUUCAUUGAUGGACAUCUACUGACUCAAUGUAUCCGAACUGACAUCGAAACCACAAAAAAGAGGCAGACAAAUCAAGCAUCGAUUCAGCACACUGAUGCUGAUGCCUAGUUUUUAGCGACGUGACAACCGGAGCACCAAACUUGUAGAUCUACACAAUCAAAGAAGGCUCGGAUGGACGAGCCUAAAUGCCCACUAGGAAAUGGUCGAAUGGCUGAAGAUCCGUCGCGAGUGACGCGCUCGUCUGGGGAGGAAAAAGCAGGAGCUUUCGAUGCUUCUUCAAAUGCUGAACGGGAGGUGGACGACCAGAAAACAACGGGAGGGUUGCAUCCAGGAGCGCCACUCUCCGCAACGGCAUCCACAAGCAGCGACACUGCAUCUCAGCGGUCUAAAUGUGGUGGCCAGGCUCGCCAGCCAGGGUAUAGCAGAGAAAUCACUGCCCGCUCGACAAUGGCACCCGCUCUGCCUCCGCUCAAGAGAAAGGAAACGAAGCUGGCUCAGAAAAAGGCGCAUCCGUGGCAGCACUUGGGGAUCACGUUAGGCCUGCCAAUGAUCGUCCUCUUCGACGUCGUCGUCCCAAUCAUCAUCUACUACACCUGGUACAACAACCGCAAGUCAGCGUGGCAGGACGAUUGUCGAAGGCUGUACUCAAAUCAGCAGCCGUGCCCACUCGACCGACCCCAGUUUGACCAAAGUAUCUUGGGGUCUGCCAUAGCUUCCUUCGGCGUGGGCGAGCUGUGGAUUCUGAUCGCGAGAGUGUGGAGACUGUUUGUUCACCCAGAGCAGUGCGCGCCACUUCUCUCGCGAAGCAGGUGGGAGCUUGAUGCCACCUCCUGGGUUUACCUUGUUGCCAUGGUUCUGGCCCUUAUUCCAUUUGUCGUGGGAAGCAGUCUGGUUAUUCCGCAUCUGUACUUGUAUGGGCCAAGCUUCAUCAUGGGUUUCUUGGGUCUACUCAUGUUAUUUACGCUCGAUGUCCCCAUCAACAUCCCGAUUGGGAUCAACUCGCAACCACGAGGUACCAAGAUCCGGCCAUUCAUUUACUACGCCGCUGAGGACUUCAUCGCCGUUGACGGAUUGCAAGACCGUGAGUUUCGCGUAAGAUACAACGAACGGUAUGAGAGCAACAAGAUGUUUCGCAAGUUCUUCGUCAACCUCACGUUGUGGUGGCUACUCGGCGUAUGUGUCUACAUCGGCGCUGUGUCGGCCGUGAUCUGGACUCUACCUUUCCACUACGCAUUUGGUCUUUCGCUGGGCGUUUUGUUCGCGUACAUUGCAAUCUGGGCAACUGUCACCGCCGUGUGGACUAACAUAGAAAUGCAAAGGGAACACAAGGCUUACGAAGCAAACCAGAUCGAUGCAUAAAGGAUUAUGUAAGGCUUAGAGCAGUGAAUGGAGCGGGAGGCCGUGACCAUGACUCAGUGCUGGACCCCCUAAAACCGUCGCCUGCAGCGCCGUGACUGGGACUUGGUGGUGCACACGUCGAUAGCAGACGGGUACAUGAUUCUGCUCCUGAAGUAGAGCUGAGCUAAAGUGCGAGUCAAUACAGUAGUUAUCCAAGAGAAACCGCAAGACGUUUCGACCAUAGUCUUUACCAAAUCUGUGAUGCGCUGAGCCGAAACGCUUACGUUUGUAUUUGCAAACUCUAUUUGUCCGUGGCUCACAAAGGAGCAAUCUCCGGCGGCCUCAGGGGAUAAUUAUGCAGGUUCGCUCGUUGGCUGCCGCUGGACCCCUUUCUCCAGAGCGCAGCUUUUGGGACCGAUUAA